UCUGUGAUUCAAUCACUUCAUUGACAGCGUCACUCUCAGCACAAGUUGGGGAAAAUGGAGUUACAUAUAUUAUGCAUACUUUUGGCUAUACUGAGUGCUGUCGAUGCACGAUUAAAUCUAAAAAAGAAGAAUACUGUAUUUGAUCAAGCCCUUUACGAAGAGGUGUUGGAUCCUGAGCUAUGCCAUCAACAAGUCAUGUAUUUGAACAGUGAUACGGUUCUUAAGCUAAGAUUUAUCGACGCUGGAUUACGACUACCGAGAUCUGUACUAAUGGUUAACUUAGUAGACCUCGGCAACUACCAUCAAUGUCUUGGGAUCGACGAAGUCAGAGCAGAUCAUGAAAUAAAAGGAAAGUACUGCAUGGUGCGAAUACCGCUGAAUCAGGGUAUCGAUAUCGACAUUCCUGGCCUUUCAAAAGACAAUGUCGAUGAACUGCUGAAUAAAAGAAUCAAAGAGGCUCAGGAAUCACUUGAGUAUGAAAAUAUGGUACACGAUUUGAGAGGUGACUUUGAAAGGAUGGAUCUGGAAACUUUCUUGUCUCAGCUGUCACUCCGGCUGGCCGUGUGUAUCCCGAGGCCGUGCAGCGUGCAGCAAGCGAUGACGUCGGCGCUGUUCAACCUCUCCGCCGUGGGGUUCCAGUUCGAGGAGGACUUCUGUCGACUGCCUGGCGACAAGCCCUGGAGCCCAGCCGAUUACACUGCUAUCGUUUUGUUUUCUGUCAUCGGAUUGAUUACGGUAUUGAGCACGUGUUACGACUUGAAUCACUGUUUAAUCCUCAAACAAGAUCCAAAACAAGCUAACGUACUAUACAGGUCUUUCUCCGUUUACACCAAUGCAAAAAGACUGACUUCUUUUCCGUCCAAUUCCAUCCAAUGUUUAGACGGAAUAAGAACCUUGGCUAUGCUCUGGGUGAUCGUCGGACACACAUUUAUUACGGAAAAUUUUUUGAUCAAUCAAUUGGAGGCUGGAGAUUGGAUUGCUAGUGCCAAGUCACUCUGGAUUACGUUGGCUCCAUUUUCUGUGGAUACAUUCUAUUUCAUUACCGGUAUUCUGCUUGUCUAUACCACAGCUGGAAAACUCACAAGAGCUGGUCUGAUAAAGAACCUUCACCUCUUCUAUCUGAACCGACUCCUCCGGCUGUUUCCCCUUUUAGCUUUAACGGUGCUGCUCCAGGCCUCUCUUCUGAACCACAUGUUCGAUGGGCCGUACUGGAUCAAUGCCGGCAACCAGGUCCACAACUGCAGGCAGUAUUGGUGGACUACAUUAUUACAUAUUCAAAAUUAUGCGACACCUUCAUCAAUGUGUUUGCCCCACAGCUGGUACUUGGCGAUCGACAUCCAACUACACAUCAUCUCCCCGGUGGUCCUGUACUGGGUUCUCAACAAGAACAGGAAAGUUGCUUGGACUGUUCUCACCGUAACGUUGUGUAUUUUGUUUUCGACGACAACUUACUACAACGCUUACAAACAGUUCCCUGGCAACAAUGUUGUACUUAGCCGCACUGUAGAAGAUUACAUGCCAAACUAUUAUAUGAACACUUUCACAAGAGCGGCUCCAUUUUUCGUCGGAAUGAUAUUCGGAUACAUUCUCAACACGUGGAAAGGAAACGCACCUAAAAUUCACCCUGGACUAGUGGUACUGUUCUGGACCCUCACGUUCACCAUCUUCGGCCUGAUCUCGUACGCCAUACACGAGGUGGUUCAGCGUAAUUUCGACAACCUCGUGGUGGACGUCAUCAUGGCCACUUACAGCCGCUCGGCCUGGGCCGCGGCUUUGGGGUGGAUGAUUUUUGCGUGCGUCAAUGGUUAUGGAGGUCCGAUCAAUUGGUUCCUGAGCCUUGACAUGUGGAAGCUGCCAGCUCGACUGUCUUAUGCGAUGUUCUUGCUCCAUUAUCCGUUGCAGUAUACUAUCAACGCUAAAGCAUUAGCUCCAGUAUACUUCGAUGUUGCAGCAUUUACUUUCAAAUCAUUGGCGUACAUUACGCUGACUUUCAUCGUGUGCUUCUUCGCCUGUCUAUUGAUCGACGCUCCCUGCUCCGUGCUGUUCAAAAUGAUAUUGGGUGGUGGUGUAAAGAAAGAAAAGUCAACAGCCAAGGCAGACCCGCCGUCCGGCGAACUCGCAACAACAAGUCAUAAAAGUAAUGGCAUUAAGUAAUACUUAAGUUUUAUGUUAUGGUUAAUUUAUUCAGUAGUCGUUUAUAUGUAAUUAAUGGAAAUGAUUAACAAUAUUUGUGAGCUGGACUCAGAAUUAGUAUAACGUAAGUUAAGUCUUUGGCCUAUAGAAGUAAGUGGUAGGAAUACUCUAAAAAUCAUAAUAUGAGGUCACCAAAAUUUAGAGAUUCUUUAUUGGAUAUAGAACUUUAUCUCGACAUUUUAUUAGCCUUCUCAUACACACAAAUACAUUUAUCGAACUCAGCCCGGUGAUACCUAAUUCCAAAGAUGACAGUGCUCCAGCAAACAAAUAUAGCUACUUUCUUCAGCUAAUAUAUCAUUAGUACAUAUGGAGUAAAUGUAAUUUAGGAACGAUGUCCAUAUUACGAGUAUGUGGGAUUCAUUGAUCUAUGCCUAAGUCAUAAUUUAUUAUAUAUGAUAAAUAAAGAAUAUCACAAGAAUAUCA